AUGGGCCGAUGGUCAGAGAAAGACUGUCAAUAUGGCCUCCGUCGUCAAACGUGUUCAUACGGUCAAAUUAUCUGGCAGGGCUGUCGACAAUGCAGAUGCAAUAGCAUCGGAGAACUUCAUUGCACGGAUAUUUAUUGCACCGAUAAGCAAUCGACAGCGAGACGAGAAAUAUCAACUAUUGGAAAUCGUUGUAUACCACUAAAGUAUUACAGAGCCAACUGCAGUAUAUGCUUUUGUCCAGCUUCAGGACUGAUAUCUGAAGCUAGAUGUACCGUGGAUUCUUCCUGUCUUUCGACCAACCAACAACAGUCCAGAUCAUUCACAACUAUCGAUGAUACCAACUGUAUACCGAAUGUCAUGUACGUCUUCCCAUGUCUGCAAUGUCUUUGUUCAGAAGACGGGAAGUUUCUUCUUGAAAAAUGCUUCGAAGUAUGUCAAGCUCAGACUCAAUUGAAAUUGAAUCCGCAAUGCAAACCCGGAUCGUAUUACAGAAGAAAUUGUAACGUCUGUCAAUGUUCCCAAAAUAGAAUUCAAGAUGAUAAAUUGUGCACUAACAUCUCUUGUGGUGUUAACACACCAAGUUCCAAUUUAGUUUCUUUAAGGAACAUGAGAAAGAAAUGUGUUCCUUAUACGUUUACACAACCGAUAUGCUUAUUCUGCGAUUGCAAUUCUAAUGGAACAAUCAAUGAAGAUUCAUGCCUCUUAACGGAUUGUUCUACGAAUUUGGAAUUGAAAAGUGCAAACUAUAGCGGACAAUGUAACGCAGACGAAGUAGUGCCGGUUUGUGUGGAAUGCUUUUGUCUCCAAAACGGUUCGACCGAUGGAAAAUACUGCUCGAGAGCUUGUAACUAUCAAAGCAAAUUUAAAGUUUUGGAGAGAGUUUUGACCGAAAGUAUACAGACUCAAAACCUUAUAAAGAAAUCGGAUUUAAAAAUAAUACCUUCACAUUCUUGUAAACCUAAUUCCGUAUAUUUUGAUGAAGGGAAAUAUUGUAUUUGUUCUACUUCUGCUACGAAUCUCAAGCUAUGCAAAUCGUUUAAUGAUACGAAACCAUUUAGAACGUUACCAGAUAACCAAAUUAACUACAACGUCGAUAUGCCGUGUCAACCUAAUACGUUUGUAGACUUCGAUUGUAAUUCAUGUUAUUGCUCUAAAAAAGGUAAAAUAGAUCCAAAAUGGUGCACAUACGAUGAUUGUAAUGCCAAAAGAUUGAUACAAGAAUCACAUAAGCGACCAAAUUUAUUCACAGCGGAUACUUUGUCAGAGGCGUGCACGCCAGGUUCGAUCUCUAAAGACAAAUGCAAUUUCUGUAUUUGCCCAGAAAGCGGAUUAUCAAAAGAGAAAGCUUGCACUAAAAAUUACUGUUCAGACACAGAUAAAAAUCAAAACAAUGUCAGGUUUACCUGCGAACCUUUGGCUUACUAUGAAGUCGACUGCAACGUUUGCUACUGUCCGAGCGAUGGACUUAAAAACGUAGCAAAGUGCACGAAAAAUCUAUGCGAAAAAAGUUACCUACGAUCGGACUCCUGUUCCUCCGGACAACUCUUCAGUGAAAUGUGCAAUGUUUGUCUGUGUCCACCGAACGGUAAUAAAAAUGACAGAGUAUGUACAAACCAUACAUGUCCAGAGGUAGCAUCGUGGCCUAGUUUUGAAUUGUCUGAAAAUUUGUUAGAGGACCGACUCACCAGUGACACUAAAAGGAGUCUAGAUUUGUGUUUUCCUGGAGAGCAAUUUAUAGACGGAUGCAAACAAUGUGUAUGUCCUGAGAUGGGAUUGAAAAUGUAUGCUGAAUGUGACGUUUCUCAAUGUACAGAAAAACAUCAAAUGCCUUCGGAAACGGAAUUGCAAAAUACUUUACUAGGAAAAGGUGGUCGACAUUUCCGAAUCCGUCGAGACAUGCCGUGUUAUCAUUACAACCAGACAGAGCCACAGAAAGAGUGCACGCCUGGAUCCAUGUAUAUUAUCAAAUGUCAGAUGUGCAUUUGCCCCUACAUGGGUAGUAUAAUGCAUUUCUGUCGUCCACUCAAGAACAUGUACUGCGAACAGCCGUUCCCCAAUGUGUUUUACGAACCGAUGGGACGUCGACAUACUAACGAUAGUUCAGAAGCCAGUACCAUUGAAACUACUACGGUGGUGCCGACUCAUAACCACACGAAAUAUCAAUGUGACAAAGUCGGUCAUAUAAUGGAUUCUUGUUACAUUUGUGAAUGCGAAGAAAACCAUCAGCUAAUUGAAGAGCAUUGCUUCAAAAACGAAGGUGACAACUGUACUGAUGUUCGACCAUCAUUCCUAAUGGGCAAUAAAGCUCUCGUGGGGAAUGUCAUCCGAGUGCGAUCCUUUGCUCAACCACAAGGGCACGCCACCAUUGUGAGUCCCCCAUUGUGUUUCAAAGCUCACCCGGAGACGUGUUUGAAACAAGGUUCAAAUUAA